AUGUCAACCAACGCCAACCACCCAGACUCCGAAAUCCAAGACGUGAUCAUCAUAGGUGCCGGACCAUGUGGUCUGGCUGUCGCCGCCCGCUUGCAAGAAGAAACACCUUCUGCUAUGUUCACAGACGAAGAACACCAGCGCUACCACUGGAUCAAGAAGCACAGUGGAAGAAUGAGCCUUGUGCAAGGCAGGAAAAGUAAGAUCAAUGGCGUGCAGGCCGAGAAAUGGAAUGGUGGCCACUUACCUGCUCGAAAAAACUCUCGAGCCCGACGUGAGUCUUCGGAAUCGGCAUCUUCUGUGCCGUCGUUAUCAUCGGUUUCGUCUUCCACGGUUACCGAGUCAAUCUCGACGCUUGUAAUUGAUGGAUCUGGUGAUGAGUGGAUGCAUAGAUGGUCGAAUCUAUUCCGCGCGCUGGAAAUUAAACAGUUACGCAGUCCCAUGUUCUUCCACGUUGACCCUGGGGAUCGUGAUGGGAUGCUCGCGUAUACCCAGGAGGUAGGUAGAGAGCACGACCUGUGGGAGAUUCCGGGAUGUGUUGGGAAGGAGAUGAGCAAGCAUAAAAAGAAGAAGAGAAGGCAGGGAGGAAGAUCGCAAACAAUCAGUGGAGUUGAGAUAGAUGAGCGAGAUCGCAAAGACUACUUCUCUCCAUCGACCAAUCUUUUCUUCGAUUACAACUCUUCUAUCAUUGAGCGGUAUGGUCUGGACAAACCGGGCCAGAUCUUGCGGCGUGAAGUGACGGAGCUUGAGUACGACUAUCUCCCCGAGAAGGCAGAUGUGCCUGUAUCCAACUCAAAGAUCUUCACCAUCACCACGUCGACAGGCGAAAAAUUCUUCAGCAAGGCGGUCGUGCUCGCCAUCGGAGCAGGAGGUGCAGAUGUCGCGAAGAUCUUUCCAUGGAGGCCAUCCAGCGAGGAAGAGGGCGCGAACGCGUGCUGUCACAGUAUGGAGAUCCGCUCGUUUCCCGAAAACCUUCGGACCAAAAUCCAGCGGCAACAGGAGACGAACAUCUUGGUUGUUGGUGGCGGGUUGUCAUCAGCGCAGAUUGUAGAUAUGGCUGUUCGGAGGGGGGUUACCAAGGUGUGGCUUCUCAUGCGGUCAGAACUGAAGGGUGAGUGA